UCACGGAUUAAUUGUUUGGAUUUUGAUGGCUGUGUGAUGUGAUAGGAAAUUGAAUAGUUUGCCAGAUGUUUUGAUUGACAAGCCAUUAUCGAGAAAUAGGGCGGUCUUGUAUCAGAGUCAUAUUUAUAAGUGGAUAUAAUAACAUUUUUUCUCCACACCAGCUUUGGCACAGGCAGAGGUGACCUUGGAUAAGCACCAAGAAUGACCUUGACCACGAGGCCUUAUCAGUGUCCUUUGACCCUGUUUGUCUUCCUUACCAUUUUCACAACAUGCAUCAUUUCAAGUCCCACAAUUCACCAUGAUUACUGUGUAAUCGGGGCAGGACCUAGUGGCCUUCAGCUUGGAUAUUAUUUACAACAGAAAAACAGGGACUAUGUCAUUUUUGAAAGAAGCAAUGUAUCAGGGAGCUUUUAUUUGAAGUAUCCUCGCCACAGAAAACUCAUCAGCAUUAACAAGAGAAACACAGGCAAAACCAACAAAGAAUUCAACAUGCGACACGACUGGAACUCCUUGCUAAGUCACGACGAUUCUCUUUUAAUGCGGCACUAUUCAAAAGAGUUGUUUCCCCAUGCUGACGUACUUGUAAAAUACCUUAACGAUUACAAAGAGAAACUAGGCAUAAAAGUUCAGUAUAACACGGAGAUCCGAAACAUCGAACGGAAAGAGAACCAGUUUACGAUGGACGACGGAAAUGGUCAGAAGUACACUUGCUCAAAAUUAGUGGUGGCCACUGGGAUAGCAACCCCUAACGUCCCGCAAAACGUGGAUGGAAUGGAGCAUGUGAUUGGCUAUGAAGACGUUUCAAUCAAUCCUGAAGACUUUGAAGGGCAAUCAGUUCUGAUAUUAGGGCGCGGUAAUGCCGCCUUCGAGACGGCCGAUGCUAUUUACGGCAACACUAACGUGGUACACAUGGUGGGCCGUUCCAGAGUGAGGCUUUCCUGGUCCACACACUACGUCGGAGAUCUUAGGGCAGUGAAUAAUGGCUUGUUGGACACCUAUCAGCUGAAGUCGUUAGACGGAGUUCUAGAAGCAGGGCUAGAGGAAGUUAAAAUCGUCAAGCAGAAUGGUAAACUACACCUUCAGUUUAAAGAAGAUGAGGAGGACCCGGUCUUCUCCCUGGACAACUUCGCUCUCAGAGAUCCAUACGAUAAAGUGAUCCGCUGUCUUGGAUUCACAUUUGAUAAAAGUAUUUUCAACAACAAAACUGUGAUAACACCAGGACGUGGGAGAGCCAAAAAGUAUCCCAAAAUCAACUACAACUACGAAUCGGUCGAUAAUCCGGGCAUGUUCUUUGCUGGAACUGCCACUCACUCCCUGGACUUCCGAAAAUCUGCGGGAGGUUUCAUCCACGGAUUUAGAUACACAGCCCGUGCCUUGCACAACCUGUUGGAAUGGAGGUACCACCAAGUCCCCUGGCCCUUUAUCACGGCCCCAGUCACUCAGAUGGAGAGCACCAUUCUGAAGAGGCUGAAUGAGGCCUCGGGAACUUAUCAGAUGUUUGGAAUUCUGGGAGAUGUCAUUAUCCUCAAAGACAAUGGAGUAGAGUUUGUGUAUUUGGAGGACUAUCCAAUAAACCUUCUAGAUGAGUUACCUCAAAGAUCGGGUCACAACGCCACUCGUAUCAUAGCAAUAGUCAUGGAAUAUGGCAAGGACUUUUCCGGACCUGGCAACGAUGUUUUCCGCAUUAACCGAGCCACGGGGGAACCUGCAGAGGCCCACCACUCCAACUUCCUACACCCCGUCCUCUAUUACUAUGACAAAUUGCCUACAGAGCAAGACAUGAAGAACAAGUCCAUCAAGGACCUUCUCCCCCACCCCCGCCUCCUUCAUCACAUCGUCGAGGACUUCCUGACGUCCUGGGACGGCUGGACCAGUCAUCUCCUGCCGCUACGCCGCUUCCUGGAGGAGGUGCUUGACCAGGAUCUACGCAGCUACUUUGCCGAGACCUGCAUGAAGCUAGCCCUGACCCACACCAACGUUCCCCUGUCCUGUCAGAUGGACUUCAUGGAAGGUCAAGGUCUUGUACCGGCCUACAGUCUAGCACAACUUGCCAAAGACUCCAAACUUUUGAUAUAGAAUGUAAUUUUAUGACUUUUUUUGCAGUCAGUUACACAUGUCUCAUUUUUUUUUUUUUUUACCUUUUUUUUGCUCAAUUUUGAUUGUAAUCAAAUUUAUUAGCAUAUCGAAAAACCAAAACAGGUGUAAAGUCUCAAGAAAUUGACACAUAACGAUUUCACCUCCAUAUUUCAUUUCUUUCUUUCUUUUUUUUUUGCUUGAUAGAAAGUCAUUUGUGACACAUUGAGUUAAUUUGGUAUGCUGUUAAUGAUCUACUAUUAUAUAGCACACAUUUACGAGUAUGGUAUCUUUCCUAUCUUAUAGCGGUGUGGCUAACUGCAAUAUUGUAGCAUCUUUUAGAUGCCCUUCCACAAGAAUGACUGCAUUGCUGUAGCCUGGGUAUGAGAAAUCAAGUAUAUCACAUGCUAUUUACUAAAAUUCUUGUGAUACAAACUUACUUUGACAUUGUGUCAAUUAUAUGCACUUUUUAAUUACAUGCUUUAUUAAUGUUUGUUCACACAAGACCACAGUUUUAUUUAUACAUUUCUACUCUGCAAAGAUGUCUUAUUUUCAAGGUACUACAAAUGCACGAAUUUCCCCGUUAUGACACCAAAUUAUGAAUCAGAGCAUUUCAACUGUUGCCAAAAUGUGUACAUAUAUAUAUGCAAAUGUUUUUCUGUAGUAAAAAUUGAUCGUCAAACUAGCAGUUAUAUUUUUCUAUGGAUAGAUAUUUUUUUAUGCUGGUAGUACUCGUACAUAUCCAAGAAAUGUAAAAGAAAGCAUUAGGUAUGGAAUGCUUUUUGAGGGGCAUGAAUGACUUGUAUACCAUUCCUUUUAUGCUGUAAAAUGUUUGCAUUUAUUAUUAUGUAAGUGAAAUACAUGAUUUGAUGUUUCUUGUUUCUGACGACUUUAUUCUUUCAUUACCAAUUUUUGUAAAUUCUUUACUUGAUCCAUCUUCCAUUAUUUUUUUUGCGGAAAGUUUGAAAUAUGUAUAAUUCAUAACCAAGCAAAGAGGAGAUAACAGAUUACCAGUUGUGUCCAAUUACAUGUGUACAUGUAGAUAACUCAUGUAGUAGAAACUAGUUUACAUGUGAUUCAUUGACAGGUACAUGUAUAUGUACAUAGGCCUAUUUACCGAUACCAGUGUUUUUUGUUUAUGGUGAUUUUUUGUUCUGGGUAUAUACCCUACUGUUUAAAUCUUCUCGGUCCUUUCUACAACAUCCAUUUUCUGCUUCUUUAAACUCUUUACUCCUUUAAGUAUUAAUGGUGGUGGAUUCUAUUGUGAUAAUAGGAGUUAUCUCUCUUUUACCGUUCAUGUUUACUAUUCCAUCAGGUACAUUCUGUUGAGAGAAACAACAGGCACAACCUUUUUUUUAAAUGAAUUGAUUUUCCAGGUGUCGCAGAAGUGUCUGAUGGAUUUUUGCAAGACAACUAGGUUGUAUAUAAGCAUGUUAUAUGUAAGCAUUAUUGAAAAUAAUAAUGUAAUUUAAAGAUGAGAUGUCCAGGUAUAUAUUAUCACUGUGUGAUUACCGAUUUUGUGUGAUUUGUUUAUUUAUUUGCAUUUAUUUCAUUGUUUGUAAAGCUUCCAAAAAACGCAAUUGGAUAUGGGAUUUUGUAUCAAUGAAGUCCUGUAAAGCAUUUAUUAUAUAUGUUAAAAAAAACUUUCCUUUGAUUUUUUGAUGAAUCAAUUAUAUUUUUCUUGUUAGUGUUAUGUUUCAAAAUAAAAUUGCAACAACAUAUCCA